AUGUUAAGUCCGCAAAUCUCAUUGAGCCAAAAGCUGCUGCUUCCUGUUCUAUCGACCCGUGGGGGGAGAUUUCUAGCUCCUGGAUCUUACUACAUUCCCUUUUCUGAACGCUUUGACGAGGAAGGCAAUAGGAGGCCAUCACCUCAUCCUGAGACUCCAAAGUUUCGAGGUAUUGCAUGCUUUAUCCUCAGGCCUUCUAAUUAUAAUUUUAUCCUUCUUAACAUUGAUAUAGAUGAGCUUCCACCAGCAAAAGAACCAAAAAUUGCCGGUAAGCAUCCGUUCCGUUUUGUCUGCGAGGCAAAGAAGAUAUAUUGGUGGUGUGCGUGCGGACAGAGUAAAGAACAACCCUUCUGUGAUGGUCAUCACUCUCGAACGAUUCAUAAGUGGCCUGUUCGAAACCAAAAGCCAAUGUUCAAACCAAUUAAGAUUACUUUUGAGAAAAAAACUGUUGCGUGGUUCUGCAUGUGCAAGCAGACUGGGUCCCCUCCUUUUUGUGAUGGUAGUCACAAUUGUGAACUUGUUCAAACGGCCUUCAAGUACUAG